AUGAAAGUGUACAGUGUUCUCCUGCUGUGGUGCACUUUGAUGCAUGAAUGGCCAUUGUGCAUGAGUGAAGAGAAAAAAUCAUUACCAGCAAACAGUGUGAAUCCUUGUUGCUACUACCCCUGUCAGAAUCUGGGCAUUUGUAUAAGAUAUGGACUUGAUAGAUAUGAAUGUGACUGCACUAGAACGGGGUACUAUGGAGAAAACUGCACUAUUCCUGAGUUCUGGUCCAGAGUCUAUAAUCUGGUGAGGCCAAAUCCUAAUGUGGUGCACUACAUCCUGACCCACUUCCAGUGGGUAUGGAACAUCAUCAAUAACACCUUCCUGAGAGACUUCCUCAUGCAAAAGGUGCUCACAGUGCGAUCAAACCUAAUUCCCAGUCCUCCCACCUACAACUCCAAGUAUGACUACCUGAACUGGGAAUCGUAUUCCAAUAUUACCUAUUAUACCCGAAUUUUGCCUCCAGUGCCACUGGACUGUCCAACGCCUAUGGGGACCAAAGGGAAAUUGGAGCUUCCAGACCCAAAACUGAUAGUGGAGAAGUUCUUGCUGCGGAGAAAGUUUCGGCCAGACCCACAAGGAACAAAUUUAAUGUUUGGCUUUUUUGCUCAGCACUUUACGCACCAGUUCUUUAAGACACACAAUCGAAUGGGACUGGGCUUUACUAAAGGUCUUGGCCAUGGGGUAGAUGCUGGACAUAUCUAUGGUGAUAACCUUGCACGGCAGCUGGAUCUUAGACUUCAUGAAGGUGGAAAGCUGAAGUACCAGAUCAUAAAUGGGGAGAUGUACCCACCUACAGUGGCUGAUACCAAUGUGAACAUGAGCUACCCUCCAUCAGUGCCCCCAGAAAAGCAAAUGGCGAUCGGCCAGGAGGUCUUUGGUCUUCUCCCAGGCUUAAGCAUGUACGCCACCUUGUGGUUAAGAGAGCAUAACCGUGUAUGUGACAUCCUUAAGAAAGAGCACCCCAUCUGGGAAGAUGAGCAACUCUUUCAGACCGCCAGACUGAUUAUUAUAGGUGAAACCAUUCGGAUAGUUAUUGAAGAAUAUGUGCAGCAUCUGAGCGGCUACCUUCUCAAGCUAAACUUCGAUCCCACCUUACUCUUUAGUUCUCAGUUCCAGUACCAGAACCGCAUCGCUGUGGAGUUUAACCAGCUGUACCACUGGCACCCACUUAUGCCGGACAGCUUCAUGAUCGAGGGAACUGAGUUCACAUACUCUCAGUUCUUGUUCAACACCUCCAUCCUCACUCACUACGGAGUGGAGAAACUAGUGCAGGCUUUCUCAGUUCAGCCAGCAGGACAGAUUGGAGGUGGUCGUAAUAUACCAUCAACAGUGGCCAGAGUGGCUGAAGGGGUCAUUAAAGAAUCCAGAGAACUUCGGUUACAGCCUUUUAAUGAGUACCGAAAAAAAUUUAACCUAAAACCAUACACAUCAUUCCUUGAAUUUACAGGUGAUAAGGAGAUUGCUCGUGAGUUGGAAGAGCUCUAUGGCGAUAUUGAUGCUCUGGAGUUCUAUCCAGCACUGUUGUUAGAGAAGACCCGACCUGGCGCCAUAUUUGGACAGAGCAUGGUAGAAAUGGGAGCACCGUUUUCUUUAAAAGGUCUUUUGGGAAACCCUAUAUGUUCACCAGUGUACUGGAAGCCCAGCACUUUUGGAGGUCAGACUGGCUUUAAUAUUGUCAAGUCGGCAAGCCUGAAAACACUGGUCUGCCUCAAUUCCAAGUGGUGUCCGUAUGUAUCAUUCCGUGUUCCUCCAUCAGGCUAUCAGCCGGAAAAAUCCAGUGGGUCUCAUUCUGAAUUGUAGGCAACAUGAAAAACUCUCCAUCUGAUGAAAAUAUUAGAUGAUGAAAAGUUGCUGAUUUUAAUGCUGCACCAGUUUGUGUUUACAUAGUUGACUGACCAUUCAUUUAUGUUGUUGUUUAAUAAAUUAGCUACUGUAUUAGUAUCUGUUAGACCUAUGUAAUACAGUGCCUACAAGUUAUUUAUGAAGAAGAAUGCUGAAUGGUGACUUUUUAAUGUAAAAUAUACAAGACCGGCAUGUUACACUUCCUUACAGAUACACUAAUGACUGUUUUAUAGGACACUUACCAUAUGAAUGUACUUAGUAGUAAUAAUCAAGCUUACUAUGGCAUACACAUUUCAAAUCAAAUGGCAUUACUGUAAGACGUUAGUGAAUCACCUGGGUUGUGGCAACAGUUUGAAAAGAGAGUGUAACUAGCUACUCCACAACACUUCUGUACUACUAAAUAAUUUUACUAGUCACUGAGUGGCCCACUACACUUCAGUCAAAAACAGUCCACUAUUUAAAUCUUGUUAUUAAUGGACACAUUAGGUGUGUGACAAUUUGUAUGUAUUAGUUAGUGACUUUUUUACGAAAGGUUUUUAAUAAUUAAAUAGCCAGUAAGUAUGUGUACAAGGUAGAUGUACCUAAUAAGUUGGUCACUGAGUGUUUAAUGUAAUGUGCUGUCAUAUAAUAAAACCACUUAGGAAUUAAAGAGGACAGUAUGAUUGUUAUACAAUGAGGAAUGCUGUGAUCACCAUUGCAGCAGAAUGUUACUUAAUUGUUCUUUUUAAACACCUAUACUGUUCAAAUCAAUGAUGUUUUUGGACAAGCUAAGUCGUGAAAUGAUCUUUGCUGUUUUUGAAGUUGAUUUCUUGAACUCGGGGUUCUUAGUAUUCAUUUGGUUUGAAAAAGAGUGAAUGUAAACAUUGCUGAGGUUGAGUUUUCAG